AUGGAUUUCUUCAAGAAGAUUGGCGAGCACGUCGAAAGUGUUCUUAACAAAAAGGAUGAUGACGAUGAAGAUAACCAUUCUAAACCCCAUGGGAGCCAGAGCCAGCAGUCUCAUGGGCAAUCUAGCUAUAGCCAGCAAGGCUAUAACCAGUCUCAAAGCUCCAACCAGUACGGAGGCCAAGGAGAUUACGGUUACUCACAAGGCAGCCAUGGACAAUCUCAAAGCCACAGUCAGUAUGAAGGCCAAGGAGAAUAUGGCCAGUCCCAAGGAGAAUAUGGACAGCCUCAAGGCGGUUAUGGACAGCCUCAAGGACAAAACCAAUACGGCAGCCAUGGAGGUUCCGAUCAAUACUCCAGCGGCCAUUCUCAAGGAGGCUAUGGGCAGCCACAAGGCUACGGACAGCCCCAGCAUCAUGAGCAGCCGCAAAACUAUGGACAACCCCAGGGAGGAGGGAAACAAUCACAUGACGAUAAGCCUCAUGAUGCUGCUGCCCAGUACCUUCAAAGACAGCAAGCUGUGAACCGCUAUCACUCAUUUGCUGCCGAGAGCAAAGGCAAUGUGAAGUGGUAUGUAGAUGGUGCCUCAUACUUUUGGGCUGUUUCCGAGGCCAUAGAGCAGGCCCAAGAAAGUAUCUACAUUCUCGACUGGUGGCUCAGCCCUGAGCUGUAUCUCCGCCGCCCCCCAGCCAAGAAUGAGCAAUAUCGUCUGGACCGCAUGCUUAAAGCGGCCGCUGAGCGUGGGGUAGAUGUAAGGAUUAUUGUUUAUAAAGAAGUGGAAGCAGCUUUGACAUUGAAUUCGUCUCAUACGAGGACUUCUCUUGAGGCUCUCAGCAGCGAUCGUAUUAAGGUAUUCCGUCAUCCGGACCAUAUCCCGACUGGCUAUGACCUGCAAAGAGAACUGGGAAAGUCAAUCAAGGCUCUGACCAACUUUGAUUUGUUCAAGGCGUCUGGAGAUGCGCUUAAGGCCGUCUAUGGUACCGCUGGUGACGUUGUGCUGUACUGGGCGCAUCACGAAAAGCUCCUCCUCAUCGACAAUGGAAAACUAGGCUUCAUGGGAGGGUUGGAUAUGUGCUUUGGACGGUGGGAUACGAGCAGUCACCCGAUUGCUGAUGCUCAUCCUGGUAAUCUCGAUGAUAUUAUCUUCCCUGGACAAGACUACAACAACGCUAGAGUCUACGACUUCGCAGACGUCAAGGACUGGAACCAGAACAAGCUUGAUCGUACCAAGAGCUCUAGAAUGGGCUGGUCAGAUGUUGCUUUGAGCAUGAACGGGCCUAUAACCCGUGACAUGCUUGACCAUUUCGUUGACCGAUGGAACUUUAUCUUCAAAGAUAAGUACAGCAAGAAGAAUCCUGGCAAGUACACCAAGCUUGAGGUGCCCACGAGAGACAGUGGCAGCCGUGUAGACAGGCACUCUAGAGGUGAAGAUGAUCACUUGGGUGGCUUGACCGAGCAGUUCAGCCGCGGUAUGAACAGACUCAGGUCGUUUGGAGAACACGAUGAGCCGCACGACCGUGACCGUGGGCACAGGUCCCGAGACGGUGGUGACAUGCCUCACAUUCAGAUGAUUCGAAGCUGUGCUGAAUGGUCAUCUGGUCAUCCUCUUGAGCGUUCCAUUCAGAAUGCUUACAUUCAGGCAAUUAAGGAAUCCAAGUAUUGCAUCUACAUUGAGAACCAGUUCUUCAUCACUGCUUCCGAUGACAAGCAGAAGACUGUUAAGAACAAGAUUGGUGCUGCACUGGUAGAGCGAAUCAUCCGGGCCGAUCACGAAGGCGAGGCCUUCCAUGUAUGGGUAGCAAUGCCAGCUGUUCCAGCAUUCGCUGGUGACCUACACGAUAAGGACGCGUUGGGAACCAGAGCUAUCAUGGAAUUCCAGUAUGACAGUAUCUCUCGAGGCGACCUAAGCAUCAUCGGAAAGCUUCUGAAAGCGGGCGUUCGCGACCCUAGCAGAUACAUCGGAUUCUACAACCUCCGCAACUUUGACCGCAUCAACACCUCCAAGACUAUGGCUGAAGCAGAAGCCCGCACUGGUGUCUCUUACGAGGAUGCGAGAAAGGAAAAAGAACGAGAACUUGGGGGUUACCCGGACGAAGACUCGGGAAGAAGAGCACGCGAAGACUAUCAGUCAAGCCGUGGUGAUUUCUCCAGCUCUCGAGAGAGUGGCGGAUAUCAGAGCCGAGGAUAUGGAGAUCGAUCCGAGCGUGAUGAUUACCGCGAAGAUAGACAGGGGGAUUAUGACUCCAGGCAUCGGCAAGAUGAUGACUAUCGUGGACACCAUGAAGAAUCUCAGCGAGGCGACAACUACGGCAGCCGAGGAGGGCGCGAUCCUUACAGCCACCCAGGUGCUGACCCUCGUUUCGCAACCAGACCCCAGGGUUCCGGUGGAUACUCGCAGCAAAGUUAUGGCGGUCAAAACGAGCGCAACCCUUAUGACCAUCCACAGGCCGACCCGCGGUUUAGCGGUAGACGAGAUGAUCAAUAUGGCUCCUCCAGAUAUGAGGAAAGACAGGAGCAAGGUUACUCGCGACAGUCUGACACGCGUUAUGAGGAUCGCUCUGAUUCGAGAUACGAUGAUCGCCCACAGUACCAAGAGCAGCAAGGAAGAUAUUCAGGCUCCUCGAGCUAUGGCAAUAGACCUCAGAGCCAAGAGCAUCAGUCUGGGAGGACAGAUCAGUACCAGAGAUAUCAGCAAGGAGCGAGCAAGGUGGGAGAUCGCACCCUUGAUACAAUCAGCGCAUGCUACAUGGACCAAGGCCCUCGAGUCACUGAUGUGCACUGGGACGGAAAUCCUGAGGACGAGAUCAACGCUUUCGUCUCUGAGGAGCUGUACAUCCACAGCAAGCUACUCAUUGUUGACGAUCGUCUUGUCAUCUGCGGUUCAGCCAACUUAAACGACCGCUCGCAACUCGGAGAUCACGACUCUGAGAUCGCCGUUGUUAUCGAAGAUCCUACUCCUGUGGAAUCCUACAUGAACGGACGUCCUUACACGGCCUCCCGCUUUGCUGCGUCUCUUCGUCGCUAUCUCUUCCGCAAGCACUUAGGUCUCAUCCCAGAUCAACGUUGGGACCAGCCCAACCAGAACUGGACACCCGUUGACCGUGAUCCAAACAACUACGAUUGGGGUUCUCCAGCCGAUCUCCUCGUUCGAGAUCCUCUGCACCCCGACUUCCAGCGUCUCUGGACCACCACCGCUCGUGUCAACACCGAGACGUUCGACCGAGCAUUCCACCCUGUUCCCACGAACAGAGUCAGGACCUGGAAGGAGUACGAUUCAUUCUUCUCUCAGUACUUCAUCAUCCCUGGUAAGAAGGACCAGGAUGUCAAGGCAGAGAUGAAGAAGGGCAAGGUCGAGUACGGUCACAUCGUGCGAUCCGAGUUCCCAGGUGGCGUGCAGGAAGUCAAGCAGUGGCUGUCGCGUAUUCGCGGUACACUUGUCGAGAUGCCUCUCGAUUUCUUGAUUGAUGCUGGAGACAUUGCAAAGGAAGAUUUGACACUCAACAGUCUCACUUACGAUCUUUAUACUUGA